AUGCGCCUCUCUGAAGAGCUUCGGCUGAUUUCUCGCCAUGUCCCAGGCCUAGACGUGUUGACUGGGGUAAGAGGUUCAAGGCAUGCCCCUCUCCCCGAAGACAAGCAUAUAAGGCGCGGUGCAGUCGACCUUCGGCUGCGGCUCAACAUCCCUCAGCAGGCUCUCCGUUGUAUUGAGGUUGACUAUCCAUCGACGGUCCGCCAACUCAAAAUCAUGACGACCUCUGCUACCUUGAGUGCGGUCUCUGCCCUUCUCAUAGGCAAUGCGGUAGCUCAAAUAACCAUCACCAUCCCUCCCCUGCCAGACCGUCCUUCCGUCCCUAUGCCAACUAUCCCAAGCACCAUCUCUCUCCCGAGUCUCCCAAGCCUCCCAAUUCUCACCUCUUUCCCACGCUCCGCAUGCGUUCCUUUACCGCCUAUUCCUACUGCCACUGUAAUCCCAACUCUAGUGGCUACAGCAUCUACCGCUAGCUCCGAUAGCGACACUGAACCGUUGCUCAAUGACCAGUUUGAGCGGACGCACCCGCGGCAGAUGGUGCUAGUUGAUCUUUGA